AUGUCUGCAGCCCAACUCCUCAACCCCAAGGCCGAAUCAAGGCGCCGUGGUGAGGCCUUGAGUGUCAACAUUGCUGCUGGUGAAGGUCUCCAGGGUGUUCUUGCCUCCAACUUGGGUCCUUCGGGCACCCUGAAAAUGCUGGUCGAUGGCGCUGGCGGCAUCAAGCUUACCAAGGAUGGCAGUGUCUUGCUGCGCGAGAUGCAGAUCCAGAACCCUACCGCUGUCAUGAUUGCCCGCGCCGCCACUGCACAAGACGACAUCACUGGUGACGGUACUACCUCUGCUGUCAUCCUCAUCGGCGAGCUUCUCAAGCAGGCUCAACGCUACAUCUCCGAAGGCCUCCACCCCAGAGUCAUCACCGACGGUUACGACCUUGCAAAGACCGAGACCCUCAAGUUCCUUGACCAAUUCAAGCUUGACCGCGAUGUCGACCGUGAACUGCUCCUCUCCGUUGCCCGCACCUCGCUGUCCACAAAGAUCAAUGCCACCUUGGCCGAGCAACUCACCCCUGAUAUCGUUGACGCUGUCCUCGCCAUCUACAACGCCCCUGCUAAGCCCGACUUGCACAUGGUUGAGAUUAUGACCAUGCAACAUCGUACCGCUGCCGACACACAACUUAUCCGUGGUCUCGCCCUCGACCACGGCGCCAGACACCCCGAUAUGCCCAAGCGUGUCGAGAACGCUUUCAUCCUCACUCUCAACGUCAGUCUGGAAUACGAGAAGUCCGAGAUCAACUCUGGCUUCUAUUACUCGAGCGCCGAACAAAGAGAAAAGUUGGUCGAGAGUGAGCGCAGAUUCGUUGACGAGAAGUUGCGCAAAAUUGUCGAGCUGAAGAAGGAGGUUUGCGGUACCGAUGGCACCAAGGGCUUUGUCAUUAUCAACCAGAAGGGUAUUGACCCCUUGAGUUUGGAUGUUCUGGUCAAGAACGGCAUUUUCGCUCUUCGCCGCGCAAAGAGAAGAAACAUGGAGAGAUUGCAGCUCAUCUGCGGUGGUAUUGCUCAAAACAGUGUCGACGACUUGUCACCCGAUGUUCUCGGUUACGCUGGAACUGUCUACGAACACCAGCUCGGCGAGGAGAAGUACACCUUUAUCGAGGAUGUCAAGGAGCCCAAGUCGGUCACUCUUCUGAUCAAGGGACCUAACGCACACACAAUUGCCCAGAUCAAGGACGCCGUCCGUGACGGUCUCCGCAGUGUCUACAACAUGAUUGUCGAUGGUAGCGUCGUACCGGGUGGUGGUGCCUUCCAGAUUGCUGCACACGCACACCUGAACAGCGAGGCAUUCCGCAAGACAGUCAAGGGCAAGGCCAAGUGGGGUGUUGAUGCAUUUGCCGAUGCCCUUCUUGUUAUUCCUAAGACUCUUGCCGCAAACUCUGGGCACGACGUACAAGACUCAAUCGCCGCUCUGCAAGAUGAGCAAGCAGAGGGCAACAUUGUCGGUCUGAACCUGACGACUGGCGAGCCCAUGGAUCCCACACAAGAAGGCGUGUACGAUUCAUUCCGAGUGCUCCGUAACUGCAUUGCCUCAGCCGCUGGUAUCGCAUCAAACCUACUACUGUGCGAUGAGAUGCUCAAGGCAAGACAAAUGGGUAGAGCACCCGGUCCUGGUGGAGAGCAGAUGGAGUAA